AUGACCGAACACGAUGAAGAUCUCGUGGCCUCCACCACUGAGGGUUUCAAGGUCGGCGAGAAGAAGACCAUUGAGGAAUAUCAGAACCUUGACAAGGACGACGAAGCCCUGAACCGAUGGAAGGCCUCGCUGGGCCUAGCCACCGGCACGCCCAUCGGUGACCCCAACGACCCGCGGAAAUGUAUCAUCAAGAGUCUGGCUCUGGAAGUCGAGGGACGACCGGAUGUGGUGAUCGAGUUGUCCGCGCCCGGUGCGCUCGACAACCUCAAGAACCAACCGUUCACUAUCAAGGAGGGCGCCACGUUCCGCAUCAAGGUCGUGUUCCAGGUGCACCACGAGGUCCUGAGCGGUCUGAAGUACCUGCAGGUUGUCAAGCGGAAGGGAGUCCGGGUUAGCAAGGACGAGGAGAUGCUGGGAAGUUAUGCCCCUAACACCGCCGAUAAGCCGGUAUAUGAGAAGAAAUUCCACCCCGAAGAGGCGCCGUCGGGUAUGCUGGCUCGUGGCCAUUACAACGCGGUCUCGAAGUUCCUGGACGACGACAACACCAACCACCUGCAAUUCGAAUGGUCGUUUGACAUCUCCAAGGACUGGUAG